CAAAGUGCCAAAAUCUAAAAUACAUUGAAAUCUAACCAUGGCUAAAAAAUAUACUGUGUUGAUUGAUCAAUAAUUUAGUGCUUUGAAUUAAAAGACUAAUGAAAUAGUUAUUGAUUUAAGUGUAAAUAGUUUAAGUAAAUGUAUCUACCUCUUCACAAUGGGGCCGAGAGGAAAUACUUUGUCAAAAUAUCCGUCAAAAAGUUUGGGCUAUUUACCGUUUCACUGCCUCUGUUUGCGUUCAUAACAUGUAUUUUAAUAACAUUAUAUAAAGAUUAUGAGACAGCUAACAAUACGCAUUGCAAAGUUCCAAAUGUCUUCCCAUCAAUAUCAGCUUCCAUAGGCAACUUUGAGCCACAGCGCAGUAUUUGGAGGACAGCUAUUUACGGCCAUGCUCCAUUAAGGUUUUUCAUGAUUUAUUUAAGAUGGAAUUAUUAUAGAAACGUCAUAAGCCAAAGUUGUGCCUUUGUAGUAAAAUUAGCAGUAUUCUUAAAUAUAAUAGAAAAUUUAUCACUAAUAGGAUUAACAUACUGGACCUCGUCCAAAAAUUAUCCAUUUCAUGAAGCAUGUUUUAAAACAUUCAUUGGAUGUUCUAUAUUUUACAUGUUUUUUACCUGCAUGAUGCUCACAAAGUACAGACGGAGAACUACACUGACACAUUUGGAAAAAUAUUCAAUUAUGUUAAAAUGGAGAUCUUUUCUUGUAAAUGUCGGUUCAUUUGCAUUUGCUGCUUAUUUUUUCUUGAGACAUAACAGAUUGUGUGAACCAUAUGUUUAUUCAAUGUUUGGAUUUUCUGAGUAUAUUGUGGUUGUCAGCAACAUAAUGUUUCAUAUGACAACAGUGUAUGACGUCAGAAAGCAAUUCAUUUAUUUUACAAGAAAUGGCUUUUUAAUUGAAUGACUAAGGAUUGGUAGUGAUAUAUUUUUGAUACAAGAUGAGCUUAUGAGACAUGACAUAAAUCAAAGACUUAGUAAAACAUGAUUUUUAAUUUCUGAGAGCUACAAAAGUA